AUGUUUAAAGCAGUUAUUCUCGUUGGUGGUCCUUCAAGAGGGACGCGUUUUAGACCCUUAUCGCUUGAUGUACCUAAGCCCUUAUUUCCUGUGGCUGGAGCACCUCUUGUUUAUCACCACUUGUCUGCUCUUUCUAAAGUAAAAGAACUGAAAGAAGUGUUGAUCAUUGGUUUCUUUGAAGAUUCCGUGUUUUCCCAAUUCAUCGAACAAGCUUCCCAAGAAUUCCCUCAUCUUCACAUCAAAUAUCUUCGUGAAUAUCAAGCUUUAGGAACAGCUGGUGGAAUCUAUCAUUUCCGUGAUGAAGUCAUACGUGGCAAUCCUCAACAAUUCUUUGUGAUGCACGUCGAUAUUGCCUGCGAUUUUCCUUUGAACGACAUGAUGGAAACACACAUGAAACAUCGUGGUCUUUGCACGAUGCUCAGUACAAAAGUACCUCGCGACAGAGCAACCAAGUAUGGUUGUUUGAUUGCCGAUCCAGAAUCAAACCAGGUCCUUCACUAUGUUGAAAAGCCAGACACGUAUAUCUCAGACUUGAUCUCUUGUGGUGUCUAUCUCUUUGAUGUUGCUGUCUUUCAAGAGAUCAAAAAGGCUAUUGAUGCCAAGAAGGAGAGGGAGACGAUCGAUGACACCUUUUAUUCUUCGACAAGUGAUGGUAAGCUUAGUCUUGAGAGAGACUUGCUCCGUCCCUUGGCAGAAGCUAAAAGGUUAUAUGCUCACCUGACACAUGGUUUCUGGAAGCAGAUCAAGACAGCUGGAUCUGCUAUCUCGGCUAAUGCUGCUUAUCUUGAAUUACAACAGAGUCAACAGUCCGAUCGAUUAGCUCAGAAUAAGCCUGAAGGACCAGAGAUCAAGGGUGCUGUCUACAUUCAUCCUUCAGCUCAAGUCGAUCCCACAGCCAAGAUUGGACCCAAUGUUUCCAUUGGUCCUCGUGUUGUCCUUGGUAAAGGUGUUCGAGUGAAGGAUUCGAUCAUCCUCGAUAACGUCACAGUCGAUCAUGCCAGUUGUAUUCUUCAUUCAGUCAUUGGUUGGAGCAGUCGAAUUGGUGCCUGGGCUCGUGUGGAAGGUACGGCUGUCAAUGACGAUAACGAUGAAAUGAUGAAGAAUGGUGUGAAGGCACAGAGUAUUACUAUUUUAGGCAAAGAGGUCUCUGUUCAUGACGAAACGAUUAUUCGUAACUGUAUCGUCUUGCCUCACAAAGAACUCAAGUCAUCCUACCACAGCCAAAUCCUCAUGUAA